UAUUAUCUUCUCCCAGAAAAUCUUGACAUAUUCCCUCUUACGUCAAUGCCGGGGUCAAAUCACUCUCCAGGAGCUUGAUGUUACAUAAUGUGAUGUUUAGGCAUUCAUCAGAAGAUAUCAUGUGUUGGCCUAGACCUUGCUUAGUGAUGUAUAGUCUGAGUAAAUACGGCAGCCAAUCAGAAGACAGAUCUCCCAAGGGUAAUCUUAAGUGGGAGGGAGGGCAUAGUACCCCCUUGUGACCCAACUGGGCAAUGAAGGGCUCAAAGGAACAAUGGCCACAAAGCAGUCACACCUCGCAGAAGACCUGUCAUGCCCCAUCUGUGGAAGUAUCCUGCAAAAGCCCGUAGUGCUGUUCUGCAGACAUCGCUUCUGUAAAGUUUGUCUGGAGAGCCUGUGGAAUGGUGGAGGAUCUUGCGUAUGCCCCCUUUGCUGUCAGCUAUCAUCUAUGGGAGAGCUCAUAGUCAAUACCACGCUUGAGAAGACCUGCGAGGGCUUUCUGGAGCGCUGCAAAAAUGACCCUCUUGCGUGCAAGGAGCACGGUGAGACCUUGACACUCUUUUGUUUGGAGGACCUGGAACCCACUUGUAGCAAAUGCAAGUCAUCUGCCAAUCACCAGGGUCACAGGUUAUAUCCCUUAAAUGAAGCUUCACAUGACUGUAAGGAGGAACUGAAAAAUGCUUUGAAACCACUUCAGGAAAAACUGAAGCUCUUCCGAAAAGCGAAACUCACUUGUGAGCUAACAAUAGAUCAUAUUAAGAGUCAGGAAGAGAACACGGAGAGGCAGAUACGAGAGGAGUUUGAGGCGCUGCACCAGUUCCUGCGAGACGAGGAAACAUCCAGACUUUCCAUGCUAAAGCAAGAGAAGGAUCAGAAAACACAGAUGAUGAGCGAUAGGAUUGAAGACUUGGAGAACGACAUCACUUCACUUAGCAACACUAUAAGAACUGUUGAACAGGAGUUGAGAUCUCAGGAUAUCCCAUUCCUCAAGAAUUAUAAAGACACCGUAAAGAGAACCUGGCGUGUUCCCCAGAAUCCAGAGAUGACAACAGGUUCACUGCUUGAUAUAGCCAAACAUCUAGGCUCAUUAAAGUUUAAAGUCUGGGAAAGAAUGAUGGAAAUCAUUCAAUAUACUCCAGUGACUCUUGAUCCAAACACAGCGGCAAGCUGCUUCCUCCUGUCAGAGGAUCUGACUACAAUACAGUGCUGUUCUCAGACCAUUAAACUCCCAGAAAACCCAGAGCGGUUCGAUAUAGGUGCAGAGGUGCUGGGCUACGAGAGCUUCAGCUCUGGGCGACACAGCUGGGAUGUGGAGGUCAAAAACAACACCUACUGGGUCAUCGGAGUUGCAAGCACAUCUGUCAGCCGGAAGGGAAAGCACGUGUUGACCCCUGCAGAGGGAUUCUGGACCAUUAGGCUACGAAACGGAGAAUAUAAAGCCUGUACUGCCCCGUGGUCCCCACUCACUAUGACUAAGGAGCCACAGGUGGUGAGAGUCGUAUUGGACAUGAACAGGUCCAGGGUGACUUUCUACAACCCACGAGAGAGAACGCCUCUAUUCACCUACACGGACAUCGUCACUCUGAGAGCAUUCCCAUACUUCUGCAGCGCCUGUAAGGAACACCCAUUGAAAGUGUUGCCAGCUUGGAUCUCUAUUAAGACAGACUGAUGUGAAGAACAUCCCUCUCAGCGUUUCUUUCCUCAAGGCUCACCUCUCAUGUUACAUGGUGUGUGUGAGUGAGCUAGGAUUGAAAUAACCUUCAGUUCCACUUGUUUUGGAUUUUAAAAACCUGAUAGAGGAUCUGGACAGCAAGGUGAAUGUCAUCAAAACUGUCAAUGCCUAGAUCACAUUUUACUUGAGAGAAAAUGAAAUAAGGGGUGUCGAAACAUACCCAUAUUGACGAUAAUAUUGACAUUAAAGGGAUAGUUCACCCAAAAAUGAAAAUUUGAUGUUUAUCUGCUU